AUGUCAGGAAUUAAAAAAAGUGAAAAUAUAAAUAAUAGUAUAAAAAAAACUAAUUUCAAUGGAGUAAACAAUAAUAAUAAUACUACUACUAAUAAUAAUAAUAAUAGCAAUAUUAAUAAUAAUACCAAUACCGUUCCCAAUAUAAAUAUUAAUAGUUUAAGUACAUUACCAAAUAAUGAUGAUUUUAAAGAUACUCCAAGAAAAUCAAUUUUAAAGAAAGGAAUUUCAGUUUUUAAAAAUUGGAAUAAUCAGCAAAAUAUUAAUAAUAUUAAUAACAACAACAACAAUAAUAAUAAUAAUAAUUACAAUACAAAUACAAUUAAAGAAAAAGAUUUUGAAAAUUUAAAUAAUGAUCAAUUUAUAAUUAAUAAUAAUAAUAAUAAUAAUAAUAAUAAUAAUAAUAUUGAUAAUAAUAAUUCAGAUAUUAAUAAUGAGGUAUUAUCAGAUAUGUCAUUUACAUCUAUUGAUGAUUCAAACAAUAAUAGCAAUAAUAAUAAUAAUAAUAAUGGAUCAAAUAUUAAUAGUUUAGGUGGAAUGAGUGUUGGUAAAAAAAUAAAAUCAUUCUUUUCUUCACCAAUACUAAAAUCACAACCAACAACUUCAAUUUCAAAUGAAUCUUUAUCACCUUACAAAUCCCCAAAAUUAUCACCUUCACCUUCAUUACCAGUUUCAUUACCAUUAUUAACAAAUAAUAAUAAUAAUAAUAAUAAUUUAUAUAAUAUUACCACAAUUUCAGAAGAAGGUGUAAAUAGUGGUUGUGGUGGAAGCAGUAUUAGUGGUGGUGGUUGUAGUGGUAAUAAUAGUUCAAAUAAUACUGGUACCACUAAUACACCAAGAACAAAUUCAAAUAGUGAAAUUAAAUUUACAAAAUAUUCACCAUCAAGAUUAAAUAGAACUUCAACUAGUGGUAUUUCAAUAGGAUUAAAUAAAAAGAAUUAUUAUGAAAUCAUUGAAGAAAACGAUAAAUUAAAAAAUGAAAUGGAAUUAUUAAAACAACAAUUACAAUAUUUUAGAAAUGAAAAUAAACAAUUGGAAGAAAAAAAUAAAGAAUUAUCUGAAACUAAUGAAAAAAUAUUUAAAUUAUUAGAUAAUUCUUCAAAAGAUAAAAUAUCAGUAAUCAUUUCAAAUUCAACUACAACAACUCCACCAAUUCAAAAUUUAUCACCAACUUUAAAAAAUAAUAAUGAAAUAAAUAAUACCAAUAAUAAUAAUAAUGAAAUAAAUAAUAAUAAUAAUAAUAAUAAUAAUAAUAAUAAUAAUAAUAAUAAUAAUAAUAAUAAUAAUAAUAAUAAAAAUAAUAAUAAUAAUAAUAAUAAUAUUAAUAAUAAUAAUAAUAAUAGUAAUAAUAAUAAUAAUAGUAGUAAUAAUACUAAUAAUAAUAAUAAUAAUAAUAAUAAUAACAAUAAUAGUUUAAAAAGAAAUAGUUGCCAAUCUGUAUUAAAUCUUGAAAAUGAAAUAAAUGAAAUCCAAAAGAUGGGUUUUUCCUCAAAUGGUAGUAAUAAUAAUAAUAAUAAUAAUAAUAAUAAACAAUUAUAUGAUGCAAUUAAAGAAAUUGAUGAUGCACUUCAAAUUUUAAAUGACUCUUUAUCAUGUUCUUCAACGGUAGUUUCUCCAAAAAUGAUCAAUAAUUUACCAAAUUUUAUAAAAGAUCAAAAUAAUAUUAAUAAUAAAAAUAUUAGUAGUAAUAAUAAUAAUGGUAAUGGUGGUGGACGUCGUAAAAGUAGUGAAAUUAAUGAUGAUAUUGUAAAUACAAUUGAAAUGCCAAUUUUAAAUAUUACUACCGAAGUUAUACCAACAUCAUCAACAGUAUCACCAUUAUCAUCGAAAAGAUCAUCGACUCAAUACUUUAAUUCAACUACAACAACAUCCGCAAUAGCAGAUUCAAUUUCACCCUCGAUACAAGUUUCAUCAAUGUCAACUUCACAAAGAAGUUAUUCAAUGUUGGCUUUUAUGGAAAAAGAACAACAACAACAACAAACUUUACAACUUACAAUUGAUAGUAAUCCAAAUAGUUCAAAUAGCGAUACAACUAAUAGUACAUUAUCUACAACACCUACAAAGAAAAAAACUUCAAAAUCUUUCAUCUCGACUUCAUUUACAAAUUUAACAAAUUUAACAAAUUUACCAAUUACAAAAUAUUCUAGAUCAUCUUCUUCUUCAUUUUCUUCUUCCUCACCAUGUUUACCUUUAAUGCCACCAACUCAAAUAAAUAAUAAUAAUAAUAAUAAUAAUAAUAAUAAUAAUAAUAAUAAUAAUAAUAAUAAUAAUAAUAAUAAUAAUAAUACUAUUACCAAUAAUUUUAAUAACACUACUAUUAAUACUAUUAUUAAUAAUAAUAAUAAUAAUAAUAGUAAUAAUAGUUCAACAAAUCAAUCAACUCAAAAAAUAUUAUAUUUUCCAAUUGUUGAAACACCAUUACCAGAGUCAAUUCAAAUUUCACCUCAAAAAUUAAUGGCAAGUAGAAGAUCAACAUCGACCUCAUCAAUAUCAACUAAAACUCAAACAAUCAUAAUUUCACCAAACUUAAACUCUUCACAAUCUUCACCAUCAAUAGCAUCAUCAUCAUUAAUAACACCAACUAUCUCUCCAAAAUUAAACUCUUCUCCAAAUUCUUUAAACAAUUUACCAUCAAUUACAACUUCAAAUAUAACUGAAUACAUUAAUUCUAAAAAUGAAAUUCAAAAUAAUAAUAAUAAAAAUAAUAAUAAUAAUAAUAAUAAUAAUAAUAAUAAUAAUAAUAAUAAUAAUAAUAAUAAUAAUAAUAAUAAUAAUAAUAAUAAUAAUAAUAAAAAUAAUAAUAAUAAUAAUAGUAAUAUUAAAAAUUCAUCACCAUCUUCCUCUUCAUCAUCCUUAUCAUCUAUAAUAAAUUCAAAUACUACAGUACUUAAUAAUAAUAAUAAUAGUAAUAAUAAUAAUAAUUUUAGUAGUUGUUUUUUACCAAUUGAACAACAACAAUAUUUAUCAUCACCAUCAUCAACAACAUCAUCAACAGCAUCAUCACCAUCAUUUACAUCAUCACCAUCGACCAUUAGAUCAACUUCACCAAAUAAUAUUGGCUCAUUAAACUCAACAUCUACUUUUUCCCCAAUAUUGAACAAUAAUAAUAAUAAUAAUAAUAAUAAUAAUAUUAAUAUUAAUAAUUUAAUUAACCGUCGUAAAGCGUGUUUAUCUCCAAAUAAAAGAAGUUUUAGUAGUAUUGAUUUAAACAAAUCUUCAAACAAUAAGGUUAAUAUAAAAAGUGUGCAUCUAAAGAGACAAAUUUCAACAAUAUCUGAAUCAAAUAAAGAAAACAUUAUUAAUCACAAUAGUAAUAAUAAUAAUAAUAAUAUUGAUAUUAAUAAUAAUAAUAAUAAUAAUAAUAAUAAUAAUAAUAAUAAUAAUAAUAAUAAUAAUAAUAAUAAUAAUAUUAUUAAUAAUAAUAACUCCUCAAAUUCUAACAGUGAUAAUAUUUUAUCAAAAUCUCCCUCUUUUAAUUUAAACUAUGAUUAUAAUAAUUCAAUAAAGGUAAAAAAUUUAGUUGAAUUUUUUGAAAACUAA